AUGUGGUGGGGGCAGAUCCUUGCAUCCCCUGGUUUCCCCUCUGCCCCUGGAGAGCGGUGGCAGCCAGCCCCAGACGCCAGCUCCCUGCGGCUGUGCCGGGCAGAGGUGUUCAUGGCGCUGGGGCAGUACCCGCGGGCGCUGGAGGACCUGGAUGCUGUGUGCAGGGCUGAGCCUGGAGAUCACGAGAGCUUCUUCAGGAAAGGGAAGGUGCUUCUGGAGAUGGGACAGAGAGCUGAAGCCCUGCUGGCGUGGGAGCACUGCCUGACACUCAAUCCCCAUUUCCAACUCGCACGGAGAGAGAUGGAGAAGAUCCUCAUGCGAGAGGAUGCUCCUCGGCCACGCACGGCUGCUGCACGCCCAGGUGGUGCUCACCGGGACUCGACUGGUCCCCAGGUGGAUGGAGGGAGCCCUGCGCUCCCAUCCUCCUCCCCACGAGCUCAGGUGCCAGAUGUCACCAUGCAGCAACACACCAGCAAAAACCCCAGUGACAUCAGGCUCGUAGAUAACGGAGAGGAAACAGCAGCAGCAAAGUGCACCCAGCUGUGCCUCGGGGAGCUGCUGAGUGUGGCUGACUUGGAGUGCUCCCUCUGCAUACGGAUGUUCUUUGAGCCGGUGACGACGCCGUGCGGGCACACCUUCUGCAAGGAGUGCCUCGAACGCUGCCUGGACCACCGGCCCAACUGCCCCCUCUGCAAACAGAGCCUGAGAGAGUACCUGAAGGCUGGAAGCUACAGCCCCACCAUGCUGCUGCAGGACAUCAUGUUGGCCACCUUCCCUGCACAGCUGGCCGAGCGCCGGGAGCUUCACCGGGCUGAGAUGGCAGAGCUCUCCAACCUGACCAAGAACAUCCCCAUCUUCGUAUGCACGAUGUCCUUCCCAGGCAUUGCCUGCCCUCUGCAUGUUUUUGAGCCUCGCUACCGCCUCAUGAUCCGGCGGUGCCAGGAGACCGGCACGAGGAGGUUUGGCAUGUGUAUAUACGAGAAUGGGAAAAGUUUUGCUGACUAUGGCUGCAUGUUGGAGAUCCGGCAGAUCGAGCUGCUGGCGGACGGGAGGUCCUUGGUGGACACCAUUGGCCGGCGGCGGUUCCGGGUGCUGAGCCGGGGACACAGGGACGGCUACAACACUGCCGACAUAGAGUACCUGGAGGACAAGAAGGUGGCCGGGGAGGAGCUGCAGGAGCUGCAGUACCUACACGAAAACACUUACCGCUUGGCUCAGCGGUUCUGUGAGCACGGAGACCUUGCCUCCAGGCACAUUUUGAUGCAGCAUGGACCGCUGCCGGAGAAGGAAGAGGACAUCCAGGCUUCAGCAGACGGCCCGACGUGGUGCUGGUGGCUCAUCUCCAUCCUGCCCCUUGACCCGUCCUACCAGCUGAACCUCUUCUCCACCACCUCCCUGCGUGCCCGCCUCACCCAGCUGCAGCGCAUCCUCACCGCCCUGCUGCAGCAGCCCCCCGCCGGGCACCCGCUGCCCGAGCGCAGCCCCCGGGGCCGCGUCUGA